CAAGCGUCCGUCCUAUCACAGUUACUUCCGUAACUCACUGAAACGCUUCCGUGCUCCCUGUUUUACCUCGCAAUGGACGGUAACUCUGUAAAGGCUAUAUUAUUUGACUUGGACAACACGCUCAUUGAAACAAAUCGGGCAGGCCAUUUUGCGAUACAAAAGACCUCUGAACUUUUGAAGACCUCACUGGCUAUUGACGAUGACACCAUCCCCAACAUUUGUGAUAAGUUCAAGCAGAAACUUAUGCACGAGAAGUUUGAUCCUGCAGAUGGCAGAUCUAUAGAUGAGAUCCGAGUGGGUCACUGGGAAGACAGCAUUAAGGAAAGUGUGGAGAGCCCUUCAUCACCCUCUCUGGCAGCUCAGUGCUACUAUCUGUGGAAAAAUAGUCGACUGGAGCUGCUUAGUCUGUCCCCUGAGGUAGCAAGUCUUCUGAAACAGCUUCGGAGGAAAUACAAGCUGCUGCUCCUGACCAACGGCAAUACUCAAACACAAAGGGAGAAAGUGGAGGCAGUCGGUUGUGAAAACUUUUUUGAUAGGAUUGUAGUCGGCGGAGAUCAUGCUGAGCAGAAACCCUUCCCCUCCAUCUUCAGAUUGUGUUUUGAUUUGCUGCAGGUGGAACCCCAGGAUUGCAUAAUGGUUGGAGACUCACUGGACACUGACAUCCAGGGAGGGGUCAAUGCACAAGUACGUGCUACAGUUUGGAUUAACAGUGCAGGUGUUGCUCUGCCUCUUGAUUCAGUGACACCUGACUAUACGCUUUCCACCGUCUUGGACCUGGAAGACGUUUUGGCACAACUAAAUCAGUGACAACCGUAGAUAUAAAUUUUAUAAAUUGACCAAAUGUCAACCCCAUAUUUUGUCAAAUGGCUUUUUAUUUGCCAAGGUUGUUCUGAAAUAUGAGAAUAAAAUGCAUACAUACCUCUA